GAUCGCAGAGAACCUUGACUUCGAUAUCAACUCCGAGAUAUCUCUUUUCGAGACGAACAUUCGGUUCAUGGGAAGUCUGUUGGCCUGUUACGCUCUCACCGGGGACGUGAUGUUCCGGGAUAAGGCGGCUCAGCUUGGCGAACGGAUGUUGCCUGCUUUCCAGACGGAAACCGGAAUUCCUCAUUCCCUCAUCAAUCUCCAUACCGGGGCUAGCAAGAAUUACGGCUGGGCCAGCAGCGGGUGCAGCAUUUUGUCCGAAAUCGGCACGAUGCAUCUGGAAUUCACGUACCUCAGCGACAUCACCGGUAAUACCGUUUUCAAGAGCAGAGUCGAGAACGUUAGAAAAGUGCUGAAGAAUCUGGAGAAACCGAAGGGACUUUAUCCGAAUUACAUUCACCCGAGGACUGGAAAAUGGGGACAACAUCACAUGUCGCUGGGUGGGCUAGGUGACAGCUUCUACGAGUACUUGCUAAAAGCGUGGAUUCAAUCCGGCAAGGAGGACGUCGAGGCCCGACAAAUGUACGACGAGGCGAUCGCUGCGAUAGAUCAGCACAUGAUCAAGACAUCGCCCGGGAAGCUGCUGUACGUGUCCGAUCUGAAAUACGACAGGCUGGAUCAUAAAAUGGGUCAUCUGGCAUGUUUCGCCGGUGGCAUGUUCGCGUUGGGCGCCAAAACUCUGGAAAACGAAUUGUCUGAAAGAUACAUGACGGUGGCCGCCGGUCUGACCAACACAUGCCACGAAUCGUACGAUCGAAGCUUCACGAAGCUCGGGCCAGAAGCUUUCCAUUUCAUCGAGGGUAACGAGGCGAAGAGUUUAAAGAAUGGCGAGAAAUAUUAUAUCCUUCGACCGGAAACCUUCGAAUCGUAUUUCGUGAUGUGGCGGCUAACAAAGGAUCCGAAAUACCGUGAGUGGGGCUGGGAAGCGGUCCAGGCGUUGGAGAAGUACUGCCGUGUUCCGGGGGGCUUCACCGGACUUCACAAUGUUUACAUGAUUGAUCCACCGCAGGACGAUGUUCAACAGAGCUACUUCUUCGCGGAAACACUGAAGUACCUCUACCUGCUGUUCAGCGACGACGAUCUCAUAAACCUGGACGACUGGGUGUUCAACUCCGAGGCGCACGUGCUUCCCAUCAGGGGCAAUCCCUUGUACCGGCCAUCCCCCACUUUAUAAUUCGAGAGGAGGCCUCGCCGUUCGAGGAGGCGACACGCCCACGACGCAACAAGACUGUCGUAACGAUCAACAACAAUAACAACAACAACAACAACGAGGAAAUCCUCCGUCGGACGCAAGCGAAAGCUAUGUAUAUCCGGCUUCGGAACGGAAACAGGAAUAACCAAAAAAUAGAAACUUACUCCAGAAGAGGAACAAAGGAAAGGAAAGAUUAUUAUUAAAAAAAAAAAAAAAAAAACGGGGAAAUAAGAAUUCGGCAGUGCACACAUAUACGGCAGGGUAAAGUGGACAUUCGAGAAUAAAAAAAGUAUAUAUCCGUAUCGUUUCACAAAGAGAGAUUAAGGAACAGUGAAAUACCGAAAUGAAAGAAGGCUGGGGUGGGAGUGGUGUGAACGGAACGACGACAUGUGGGAAGGACCUUCGUCUCGGCUCGUCGAACAGGAACCCACGUGUCGACGUCGGUUGAUACGGUUAAAACAAUUAUUUUAGGUAAAUCGUGUGGUGAAUAAUGGCCGGGGUAGAUGAUAACGAACGUUAUUUAAACAAAACACACAGACAUACACACAUACACACAUUGCACACGUACGUUUGUAAAUAGCGAGAGUAAAACAACAUACAUGACCGCGUGACUAUGUGAGAUUAUACAUAAUAGUAGAGAAGAAAAAAGCUAGGAUACGGGGGCGGGGAGGGGAGAACUUCGUGUAGAGAGAUACACCAGAAGCAUUUUCUCGAUGCAUUUUCUUUUUUCGCCUGCGACAGCAUACGGUUCGACCCACCUGGACCCAGUCAAAUGGAAUUACAAACGUUCAGUCAGAUUUACCGGUGAUUACCGGCUCGCCGGAUUACGAACGGUGUUACUCUGUUUCCUCUUCCUUCCGUUCGAGCUUGAAACGUUGGC